GCCGUCCCCACGUGCCGCCGCGGCCCCGCCCCACGCAAGCGCCGCCGCCGCUACUUAAGCCGCGCUAGGGGCCGUGCGCGCCUCCUCCGCCGGCAGUACCGCCACCAUGUCCGACCGCCUGCCGUACAAAGUGGCUGACAUCCGCCUUGCAGACUGGGGUCGCAAGGCCAUUGAGAUAGCGGAGAAUGAGAUGCCGGGGCUGAUGAAGAUGCGAGAGAUGUACUCUGCGUCCAAGCCGCUGAAAGGCGCACGUAUCGCCGGUUGCCUUCACAUGACCGUGCAGACGGCAGUUCUCAUAGAGACCCUUUUAGCGCUGGGAGCUGAGGUACAAUGGUCAAGCUGCAACAUUUUCUCCACUCAGGACCACGCUGCAGCUGCUAUUGCAAAAGCUGGUGUCCCUGUGUUUGCCUGGAAAGGGGAGACUGACGAGGAAUAUUUGUGGUGCAUUGAGCAGACCCUGUACUUCAAGGAUGGGCAGCCCCUCAACAUGAUUUUGGAUGAUGGUGGAGAUCUUACCAACCUAGUUCAUACCAAAUACCCAGAGCUCUUGAAAGGAAUUAGAGGUAUUUCAGAAGAGACAACCACCGGGGUUCACAACCUGUACAAGAUGAAGGCCAACGGGACCCUGGAAGUGCCGGCCAUCAAUGUUAAUGACUCUGUCACCAAGAGCAAGUUUGAUAACCUGUAUGGCUGCAGAGAGUCUCUCAUCGACGGCAUCAAACGUGCCACAGAUGUCAUGAUUGCUGGAAAAGUGGCUGUGGUGGCAGGUUACGGAGAUGUGGGCAAGGGCUGCGCUCAGGCCCUGCGCAGCUUCGGAGCCAGAGUCAUCAUCACCGAGAUCGACCCCAUCAACGCGCUGCAGGCAGCCAUGGAAGGUUAUGAAGUUACAACCAUGGAGGAAGCCUGCAAAGAAGGCAAUAUCUUUGUUACCACCACCGGCUGCACUGACAUUAUUCAGGGCGGGCACUUUGAGCAGAUGAAGGAUGAUGCCAUAGUGUGCAAUAUUGGCCAUUUUGAUGUGGAAGUGGAUGCAAAGUGGCUGAAUGAAAAUGCAGUAGAGGCGGUGAAUGUUAAACCUCAGGUGGAUCGCUAUAAGCUGAGGAACGGCCGUCACAUCAUCCUGCUUGCUGAGGGCCGCCUGGUCAACCUGGGCUGCGCCAUGGGUCACCCCAGCUUCGUUAUGAGCAACUCCUUCACCAACCAAGUGCUGGCACAGAUCGAGCUGUGGACCAACAGUGAAAAAUACUCUGUCGGAGUCCAUUUCCUGCCAAAGAAGCUGGAUGAAGCUGUGGCUGCUGCUCAUCUGGAUAAACUGUGUGUGAAGCUGACGAAGCUGAGUGACAAGCAAGCCAAAUACCUGGGCUUAUCAAGAGAUGGGCCAUUCAAGCCAGACCACUACAGAUACUGAGCAGGUGGCACUACCCACAGACCGAAGUGCAGGGAUACAACCUUCCAAAGCUCUUGUGUGUGCUGGGCUCCUGAGAACAAGCCCUUUGCUAUGCCCCUCUGUGCUACAGACCCCCUCACUCUUACCAAGGAAGCUUCAGAGCCUCAUUUGUCAGGGAAAAUUCACUGUGACUCUUGGAAUUAGAAUUGGUUACUUAGCCAGCCUCAUGGUGAAAAGGAACCUGUGCACCUUUUCUUGGCUCCUGCUGUCCCAAUAAGGGGAGUAUGACACAAGAUUGCUAAACGAAAAUGCAUAAUCUUGUCAAGCGUGUGGCCGGCAGGCUCUUUGAACAGACUGAUGGAUAGGAUGGACAGCAUGGGGAGCGGUUUCUGCAGGGAGAUGCGUUCUGCCAUGCCCUGCUCAAAUUAGAUCAACCCUAUUAGGAGGCUGGCAGUGUCAGGCUUCUCUCCACAAAGGUGGUAUAGCUGAAGUGUGUGUUGUGAAACUGGGGGAAGUAGGGAGGAUUUAUGUUGGUCUCCUUCCUAUAAAAUUAAUUUCAUCUCCUAAUUGGAGAUUAGAGCUGGGGUGUUUUUUUUCUGGGUUAAUUUACUCCAUCGGUUUUGGUCUGAACGAAGACCCUUCUGUGCUUCUUCCGUAUCAACUCGAGGAGCUGUGAGGCAAGAGUGACUUUUUUUAGCAGCUUUCUGGCGUGUUGUGAACAGCUGAGAAGCUGCUGAGGGGGUGGUUACGUUUAGGGACCCUGUUCAAUCCUCUGAGCAGCACACUUCUACCCCAACCGGGUUUUUCUGGGUUGUCACAUCUGCUGUGUCUUGUUUGUCACUGACUCAAAGUGCUUUUAUUAAAGAUCUGACUGUGGCCUGA